GUUGUCCAAGACAAACAAUACAAACAAAACGAUGAAGUCACAAACAGUUAUAUUCCUCGUAUCCAUGCUCUCCUUCUUUGCUCUUCAUCAAUGCAUGCAUGCGGAUGUUGGAGAAAGAGAGAGCAUGAGCAAGCUCUACAUUCCAAAUUGUGUUCCUGCCCAAUGCGGAGAAACUUUUUUCAAAUGGAACUGUUGGUGUUGUUUUCAUGAUAUAACGAUUUGUUACUGGAUCCAAAAAGCAUGCGAUUCCAGCCCCCGUUGUCCUCCUGUGUGAGGAUGGAGGUUAGAGAUAUAAGAAGGUGGAACAAAAUCUAUGUACCAACAUGUUUUCAUGUUAAUUGCGACCCUACUUUCAGUUUAAGAAGAAACUGUUAUUGUUGCGGAUUAAACGAAAAGCAAUGCUAUGACAAACACUAUUGCAACACUCAUUGUCCUCAUCCUAAAGUUUAAAACUUUCAUAAACCGAUAUACAACGAAGCAUUAUAGUGCUGAAUUGUACUACUACUCCUAAUGUCACUAUUUGUUUCAAUUAAAAUAGGAAGACUUGGAAAAUUAGACUACAAACUUGAGUCAAUUGCAAUGUUAGACUCUUUUUUUUCUCUCUCCAACAUUUGCCACUUUCUUCCUAUUAAAUCCUUGUCCAUUCAUUUUAUUUACAAAAAUGCCAUUAUUUCUGAUUUAU